GUGGUGACAGUGGAUUGGAUGGGUUAGGAGGACCAGGAGUGCAACUUGGAAGCCCUGAUAAGAAAAAGCGCAAAGCAAAUACACAGGGAUCAUCAUUUCCUCCUCCAUCUGAAUAUGCUCCACCGCCGAAUCCAAGCUCUGACCACCUUGUAGCUGCAAAUCCUUUUGAUGACAACUAUAAUACUGUGUCUUAUAAACCACUUCCUUCAGGAAAUCCAUAUUUUAGUAAUCCUGGUUAUCCUGGCUUUGGAGGCUAUAACACUUUCAGAAUGCCACCUCACAUGCUGCCCAGAGUGUCCUCACCAUAUGGUGGUUCUUACUCCCUCAGAAACCAACCACAUCCCCUUCCUCAAAACCCAGUGGGAAUGGGUUUUAGUCGACCCCACUCUUUCAGCUUUGGUCCACAUGAUAACCCAGGCUUUGGGAAUCAACCACCUUAUAGCAGUGGUCAGAUAAAUCAGAAUGUCAGUAUGCCUGGUCAGCAUUUCAGACCAAAUCCUGGUGAGAACUUUGGCCAUUCUGGUCAGGUACCUCACCCUGAUGUGCCAUCUAACUUUGGUCCUGGAAACAAUCCAAAUUUCCCAAAUUCUCAGCUAGAGUCAAACCAUUCUUUUGUUCCUCCACCGAACACUUACAACCAGACAAAAUCAUCCGCACAAAAGCAAGACUUUAGUCAAGGUGCGAGCAAAGCAUCCAACCAGAACACUACUGCUCAUCAGCAUCAUCACAGGCCAGAGGACAUUGUGAGUCAAGGUAACAGCGACCUAAAAUCUGUUACUCGAAACAAUGUGGUAAACCAGGAUAAUAGCCAUUCCAAUAGUGCUGAUAACACUAAUGCUGGGCACUCAAAUGGGACUCAGAGUAAGUCCCGCCAGCCUCGAGGUGCUGCUGAAGGAUGCAACUCUGAAAAGAGCAGCAAAACACCCCUUCAUCCCAGUCGUCAUGGUCACUCGUCCUCUGAGCCCGUCUAUCCAUGUGGAAUUUGUACACAUGAAGUCAAUGAUGACCAGGAUGCCAUCCUGUGUGAAGCCUCUUGUCAAAAAUGGUUUCAUCGGAUCUGUACAGGCAUGACUGAGUCAGCUUAUGGCCUUCUUACAGCAGAAGCAUCAGCAGUGUGGGGUUGUGAUACUUGCAUGGCUGACAAAGAUGUCCAGUUAAUGCGUACAAGAGAGACUGCAGGGCCGCCUGCGCUGAAUACAGAUGGCUAACAAUGUGAAUUGGUGGUAGUGGUUGAAAUACUUGCUGUGAAGAUUUGGUUACGAAUUGGGCACUUCACUUUCUGCAGACAAUCAGUUGUGUUUGAUUGCUGUCAUCUUUUUUUUCUUCCCUGAUCUGUUUUCAUUCAUAAACUUCCAUCUCAGCUUUUGUGUGUGCAAAUGUUUUACAGGAUGGAUCUUUUUCGUUUUGUUUCUGAUUAAACUGUAAAAUAUAACUGACCACUGAUCAUAAGUAGGAUGUGCAUUGACAAUUUUAUCGAAGGCAAAAAUGUGCCUGCAUGAAUAGCCCCUAAUUUGCUAGUGUUAAUGUGUUUACUAACACUGGCAUUUAGUGCUCGGUUUUAAUGGUACUAUAUUUGCAAGUACUCAUUAGAUUUUGUUUUUGGGGGGUGAAUGUUCAUUACUGAUGGUUUUGCUGUCAUUUCUUUGAAUACAGUGGAGAUGACAUGGAGGAAUGUGCAGUAUUAGUAGUUUUUGUUU